GGUGGGGCGACAUACCUUAGCUACAGAUAAUAUAUGAUCUGCUACGCGUGUGUAGCUUCGCCGACCUAUAAAAGUCAUAGGCAGGACAUCAUCGCACAGUAGAUCAGUGAUCAGUGUUAGUGCUGGACGGUGAUAUUUGAACAGAACAAAAAAACAAAGAUGAAAUUGUGCACAUUAGUCUUCGGUGUGUUGGUGGCGUGCGUGGCCAGCAUGGCUGCGGAGACAGGUCCUCUGCUCGCUGCCCUCCAGCCGGUGGAACAGCCUGAGGUCCGGGAAGUCAUGGUGGUGGACGAGCAGGGCAACAGGCAAAAGAGGAGUCUGCUUCUUGGUGCCGGUGUCCUUGGCGCAGGUGCUCUCGGUCUCGGAGCUGUUGGUCUGGCCGGCGCUGGUCUGGUCGGCGCUGGUUUGAUCGGCGCUAAGGCUGGUUUUAUCGGAGGUGCCCUCGCAGGAGGCGCCCUCUCUCACGGCAGGAGCUACGGAGGCGGCUAUGGUUACGGUGGUGGCUACGGAGGCGGCUACGGAGGCGGCUACUACAGUGGUGGCUACGGAGGUGGUUACGGAGGCGGCUACGGACACGGUGGUUACAGGAAAGUAUACCUUGUAGAAGCCGACCCCUGGUGCUGAUCCCAACGACUGACUAGAAGACCAAUAAUAUGGUUAUUUAAGUGUAUGGUUAAUGUGAUACUGAAUGGUGUGUAUGUAUUAAACAAUAAAAAAUACAAAAUAAUC